UAGAAAUAAAAAUUUCAAAAUGGAAAGUACAGUUUCAGACAGAACCAAAAAUUUAAAAAGAAAAUCCACCAGAAGGAGUUCAAUGAUGAAAGCAAAGAUGGAAGCUAAUGGAAGCAACACGGAUGACACCAGUGAGACACUAACUCAUCAGAACAAAACUAAAAAGAGAGUUAGCUUUUCUUCGAUGAAAAGUGUCAGAACAUUUGAUACAGAUCAAUAUACAAAUGAUGCUGAUCAAUCUCCUAUCAAUUGUGAGGUGCUUCCUGAGAACCAAGCUGAAAAUCAUAAUGAAAACUAUGUUAAUUCCCAACUAAAUCAAACAGUUUUGAUGGAGGAAGACAUGGAGGCAUCAAUUGAUCCUGAAAAGUGGAUGCAUUCUUUUGAUGAGAACACAAAUAGUGUAGUAACUAGUUUCUAUCCAACUAGUUCACAACGAGAUGUAGAUUCUCAUGAUAGUACCCAAUUUUUAAACGAUACAAUUAUCACUGACGAUUCUGUUACAAGUGAAUAUUCUGUUCCCUUAACGUUUUCUGAUAAAAAAAGUAAAUUUUCAGCAGAAACACUUCUUUCUGCUUUGGACACAACAAUAGCCCAAACUGAUGAUAAACAUGAAGACAGUUCAUUGUUCCCCAGUCUUUCAGCUAUGAAAAUAUUAUCAGUCUUAAAUGAGGUUUCUGAUGAGAAUGAUAAUUUCUUCUGUAAAAAAUCUACAACAUUUGCAGAUCUUUGUAAAGAAAAUCUUUUAAAAGUAUCUCCUUUUAAAACCAAUGCAAAAAACUUGCCUUUUUCAACAAGUGUUAGGGAAAACCAAAGUAUUCAAAGUGAUAAUGACAGUAAGUUAGUUGAUGAGUCUUGUUUAGAAAAUCAAUUUUUCAUUAAUACUGAAAGUCCAUUAAAGGAAAUAGUCAGUCAAAAAACAUCAGACUCUCGCAAGAAUCUGCAUAAUAACUUUACUUACAAACAAUUAAAAAAUAGCAAAAAAAGAGAGAAUACUGACAUUAACUUGGAUAAUUCUUCUUUUAUAAAGACGUUUCACUCUUUAACAACUUCUGAGAAAUUGUCAGUAUCAACUAAUAGAAAAGACAAUAAAGAUACAGUGUUAGAUAACUUGUCAGUUGUUGUGCACAAGUUGAAUAUUUCACCUACCCCAAAGCACACAAUCAAAUGUAAUAAAAUAGAUUUAAGUGAGUCUUAUCUUGAAGAAGCUACUUUACCUAUUUGGAAGAACAUGGAAUGUAAUGAUAAAAUAGAUAAAGGUGAUACCACUCAUAAAAUUAUUAUUUCACCUCUUUUAAAAAACACAGAACAUAAUGAUAAACAGAAAAUGGGUGAAACCACUCCCAAGAUUUACUUUUCACCCCCUUUAAAAAACACAGAACAUAAUGAUAAACAGAAAAUGGGUGAAACCACUCCCAAGAUUUACUUUUCACCCCCUUUAAAAAACACAGAACAUAAUGAUAAACAGAAUAUUGGUGACACCACUCUCAAGGUUGUCAUUUCACCACGUUUAAAAAACACAGAACGUAAUGAUAAAGAGAAUAUUGGUAAAACUGCUUCCAAGAUUUUCUUUUCACCACCUUUAAAAAAUACAGAAAAUAAUGAUAAAGAGAAUAUCAGUGGAACUACUCUUAAGGUUGUCAUUUCAUCAUCUUUAAAAAACCCAGAAUAUAAUGAUAAAAAAAAUAUUGAUGAAACCUAUUCUAAGAUUAUAACUUCACCAAUCUUGAACAGCACAGAAUAUAAUGAUAAAAUAAAUGUAACCACUCAUAAAAGUAUUGUUUCACCAUACCUAAACACAUCCAUAAACACAGGAGAUGAUGAUAUGAUUAAUGUGGCUAAAAAAACACCUGAGAGGGUUAUUUCUACUGUUUUUAACCACCAUGAUAAAUCAAAUGUAGAUGUGGUCACUUCUGAAAAGGUUAUUUCUCCAUACCUAGCAAGUUUAAAAUACAAUCAAAAAAUAAAUCAAGAUGCAACAACUGAAGGAUUUAACAAUAAAAGUUUAAUUCAAACAGCAAACCCUAAAAUAUUGAGUGUUAAUCAAACUUUUGACUUAAAUAUGUUCACUGUAAAUGAAAUCGACACUAAAAAAUUACCAUUAUUUAGAAAUAUCCCAUCCAUUGAAAGUGGUUCAAGUGAGAAAGUUACAGAAAGAACUGUUGAUAAUAAAAAUUCUUCCAAAGAUAUAGACAAUUUGCUUGUUGUAAGUGAAAAUAAAGUUCAAGCUGUUAGUUUAAACAAAACCUAUUGCAAGUCAAAACAUGAAAAGAGUUUAGAGAAGAAUAGGAAAAAAGAUAGAAGACGUACUUACACAAUAACAAAAGAAAAUGAAAAUUUCGGGGAAACUAUUCUCCAAGAAAAUUAUUCGACAAAUUGGUUAGAAGAUAAUACUUCUACUUUUCCAAAAAACAAACCAUUAGCAAACAGUUCCUUAAUUUCACCUAUUAAAAACGUAAUACUACCAACAGAAAAGAAUAAGCCAUUAGCAAACAGUUCAUUAAUUUCACCUAUUGAAAACUUGGUACUACCAACAGAAAAUAAAGACAAUGAAAAACUUAUAAAAAGUUUUACUAGUCCAGUAAAUACAACAUUCAAUAUAAUAACAGACCAAAAGUCAGAUAUAUCUAACAAUGACUCUAGUCCUUUUUUUAAAGAAAUUUUAAAAACUCCACCUAAACUUGGUUCAAAUUUGUUUCCAGGUACUCCAACCCAAAAUUACAUUAUUCCAUCUCCAGUUCUUAGAGUUAAAUCAUCCUCCAAAAAAAGAAGAUUCAAGUCUUUAUCUGGCAGUUCAACCAAAAAUCAAAGAAGUUCAUUAACAGCAUCUCACUCAAAAUCACCAAUCCCUAAAAAGAAAAAAAAUAUUUUAAACAUAUCAGGAGAUUAUUCAAACGAAGAAGGUACUAGUAUUAUGAUGAGCCAUCAGCCCAUAUCCUUAAAUCACCAGUCCAAUCCAAAUAUAAAUGAAGUAUUAGAUACGGAAGAGUCAUUAGGAGGAGCUAAAUCAUACGUCUCUCAAGCAUCUGGUAUACAAAAAAACAUUUCAAAAACAAUUGAUGCUGUUAGUCCUCAGUGUUUUAAUGAAUUAGAGAAAACAUUAUCAAAUGUAGUUCCUUCUCAAUAUAAUUUGGCUAAAAACAAUUUUGUUUCAGAGCCAUUUGUUGUUGAAUCAUCUAUGAGGCUAAGAAGUUCCUCUAAAAUGUCUCACAAUGAUAGUCAGUAUUUUAAAGAAUCAGCCAAGACAAUAUCUAACUUUAACUCAAGUCUCCUUCAAAACAAUAAAAAAAAUAAUAACUCCGUAACUGGAGCAUUUACAAUCAAAUCUAAGAAACAAACGAAUACUUCAAGAAUAUUUGAUUCAGAUGAUCCUCAGUUUCUUAGCAUGUCAAAACAAGAAUCUCCACAAGAAUUAUCCAAAGCAACACAAGAAUCUCCACAAGAAGUAUCCAAAGCACCACAAGAAUCUCUACAAGAAUUAUCCAAAGCACCAGUUAAUAUAAACUCAAGUUUUCUUUUAUGCACUCCUACUGAAAAUCACACUGCUUCGAUGGUUAAAUCUUUAUCAACUUCGUCUAAGAAAAAGAAGAAAUCAAAAAAAAAAAAGUUAACCAUCUCUAACCCUCCUAAGCAAUCUUCUUCUUCUAAUCAUCUGAGGCAAAGUUGUGAACAAACUUCAGUUGUUCGUUUUCAGACUCAAUUUAAUGAAAGCAAAAGUUUACAUGAAAAUGAUUUUACAAUAAAAUCAAAAUACAGGCCUGAUACGCCAAGAAGGAUAUCAAAACGCAUUGCAAAUAGAUCACUUCCUUCAGUGGAAAAGGUUUCUUUUUCAGAAAAAUCAGAUUUGUCUGAACACAUUGAAAGAGAAAAACUAGAAAAGGCAAUAAACAAUAAACUGUUUGUACACAGUAAAACAAAAAAAAUAGAAAAAACAAUAAACAAAACAAAAGAAGAAAUAAAUAAAACUGAUUGCUUUAUUAAUGAAAAAAAAUGCUCAUCUCCUCAAGUUAAAAAUUUAUUUAAUGUUGAAAAUAUUUCCGAAACUGAAAAUCAAAAAGUAAAACCUGGUUUAAUUGACAAUUCAAAUAAUUUAUUUAAAAAAAGUGAAAAAAGUUUGGUUGCAGAUUCCUGUGAUAUUUUUAAAACUAAAGAUAAAAUCUCCAGAUCUCCAAAAACCAAUUUUUUACAGGAAAAAAAAGAAAGUUUGUUACAAGUUAAUGACGUCACUGGUUCAUCAAGUUCUUUAUGCAGUAUGUCUGAUAUGUCAGAAUGUCAACAAAACGAAUCAAUUUCUAAUGAGGUUGAAGCUAUGGUGCACUUAUGCAAGUGUGAAAAAUGGGAUAUAACUAUUUUGGAAAAGCAUUUGGUAUCAAUAAAGUUUUCUAAUUAUACCUAUCAUAAACUGCAUAUUGAAUUUACAGGCAAUGAAAUAAAAGAUUGCUUUUUGGUUCAGCUUAAGUUAAACAAAGAAUUUCCACCAGAGAAAUUUGUUUUGGAUUUAAUGGAAAAUGUUAUAUCACAUUCUUUAAAAAAUGCCAAAACUCUGAACCAUUUACCUGAGGUCUUUGAGGACAUAUACAGACGACUUGCUUUGUGGCUUCCUGUUGCAAAAGAUAUACACAGUGUUUUUUUUAAGUUUUUAGGCUCCGUAAAAUUAAAGAGUAAUGGUAUUUCUAUCAAAUUUGUUGUGGAAAGGAAUGUUAAAUGUGCAUUUUAUCUUAAUGUGUCCUUUGAUUCAACAAAAUGUGAACCUCAUCUCCAGUACUCAUUGGAGCAUAUGGUCUUGCGCAAUAUUCUUGAUCACGUGCUCAUGUUAAUCGAAUCAAAGAAGUCUCAGCUGAAAACGAUUAUGGAUGUCAGUAAACUCGUAUAUGAAUUCACGAUAAAAAUAUCUAUGGGACAGAUCACUUUUGACAAAGAAGCUCCAUAUGCUCAAGGAGGAAUAAUAUAUCAAAUAGAUUUAUAACUGUAUAUUUUGUGUUAGCUAUUUAUAGAAUAUAUUUUUUUUGUGUGUGAUA